AUACGGAUUUAAUAUUGAAUUGAAUUGACCAACAGACCGGCAUCUACGUAGAUUGACGCCGGGUCUAAUGCUAGUAGUCGAUUGUACCGCUUAAAAAGUAGUGGUCUAGUUAAUUCCGUCAACAAAAUAUUGGUGACAUAGAAAAACAAAAUGAAGACAACAACGAAACGGGUUGUUGUUGGGGUGACCAUUAUUGUAGUAAUCGCAAUAAUUAUUGUGGUAGCAAUGACGGUUACGAAAGACAAACACAAAGUAGGCGCUGUUGCCAGUAGCGGACAUGGGUGUGCCGAUAUAGGGGUGUCUAUUUUGGGUAAAGGGGGAAACGCGGUGGACGCUGCUAUAGCGACGUUAUUUUGCGAAGGAGUCAUGUUAUCAGAAAGUAUGGGAUUAGGAGGGGGUUUCUUUUUGGUUUUAUACAAUAAAACCACGGGGGAAACGUGGGCUUUAGACGCCCGGGAAACUGCCCCAUCUGCAUCCGGAGAAAACAUGUACAAGGGCCAAUUAGCAUCUUCAUCGUUAAGAGGUGGUAGAUCGGUAGCCGUACCUGGCGAAUUGCGAGGUUAUAUGGAACUUUAUAAUCGAUUCGGUGGAGGUGUACCGUGGAAAGAUCUAAUUCAACCUACAAUUGACAUAUGUAAAAAAGGGCAAUACGUUACGAAACAUUUAGAAUCUAGGUUUAAUUUGAGAAAAGAAAUGUUAUGGAAAGACCCUAUUAUGAGAGAAACUUUUUUCGAUAAAAAAACCAACGAUACUUAUAAAUUUGGUGAUUACGUCAAGCGACCCAGAAUGGCGAAAACUUUGGAAAUAAUCGCCAACGAAGGUGGAAACGCUUUACACGAUGGAUCUCUAACUUCCUCAUUCGUGGAGGACGUUAAAAAUAAUGGCGGAAUCAUAACUAUAGAAGACAUGAAAAAUUAUAAGCCUUUAUGGAAAAAACCCAUAAAAAGUAAUAUUUACAAAAAUUACACCGUCAUAUCGCCGCCUUUACCUGCCAGUGGCAUAAUUUUAAAUUACAUUUUAAAUAUACUAAGUAAUUUCAUAGAUGUUAAACAACCAAAUUCAAUUAUCAACAAUCAAAGAAUAGUUGAAAGUUUCAAAUUUGGUUACGCAAAAAGAACGGUGUGUGCCGAUCCAGAUUAUUUCAAUUUUACAUCGCUAAUCGAUGAACUAAGUUCAAAUAAUUACGCCGAAACUACUAGAAAAUUAAUAAAAGAUAAUGCAACGUCGCAAGAUCCGUAUUACUAUGGAGCAGCGACGAAUUUCCAAGAAGAUCACGGUACUUCGCAUGUAUCAGUUCUUUCUUCGCAAGGAGACGCCGUAUCAGUAACCAGCACAAUUAAUUUCAUUUGGGGGGCUGGUUUCCAAUCUAACAGUACGGGUAUUAUAUUAAACGACAGCAUGGACGAUUUCUCCCAACCGGAAACGUCAAACGGUUUCGGUUUACCGCCAUCUGAAGCUAAUUUUAUUAAACCCGGGAAACGCCCUAUGUCAUCCAUGACGCCCGUUAUUGUACUAGACGGUAACAAAAACGUUGUACUAGUUCCAGGAGGGGCCGGUGGAAGUAAAAUAACAACUGCGUUAGCUCUAACUAUCAUCAAACAUCUUUGGUUCGAUAAAGAUUUGGCUACUUCAAUAAACGAAAAGAGGUUGCACCAUCAGUUAAUUCCUAUGAAGAUAAUUUUCGAAGAGGAAUAUAAAACGAAGGCGAUGGAUAUUGUGAACGGUUUGGAAGCCAUAGGACACAAAUACGAUUUCAAGGACGAUUUCGGAUUUGCGGCCGUUACGGCGAUUAGCAAAAAUUUUAGUACGGGUGAUAUCAUCGCUGUGACAGAUAAAAGGAGACCGGGAUCGGUGGCUUAUGUGACUGCUUAACGUUUAUACAUGGUUGCCAAAUUGAACAGCAUUUUAUAUAAGAAUAAAAAAAUGCGAUACAAAAUAUAAACGGUAUUGUUUUUAUAGAGAGUACAAUGUUGCCAGACUUUGAAAAAAGUAUCUCGAAAAUGAAAAAUGUAAAUUUUGAGGUUAUGUUGAAAAUUAUUCUGAUUAAAAUAUUUUGCUGUUA